AUGAGCUCCCCCCCCCGGGGAGUCCCCUUCGCAGCCCCUCGAGGGGCCCUUGAUGGCGCGCGGCCUCGGGGCGCCUCUCCGUGGCGGUGCGCACGGCCCGGGAGGGAGCAGCGCCCCGGGAGCCCCCCGGGGCCCAAGCGCCUCCGUCUGGCGUCGGCGGCUCGGCGCGCGGGGUCCCGGCGGGAGGAGAGGUCGCGCGGAGCCGCCGGGGAGCGGCCGUCGGGGCCCCGGGGUCCGCAGGUGCGCGCGGGGCAGCGGGAGGACAGAGCGCGACAGAGCGCGACAGAGCGCGACAGAGCGCGACAGAGCGUGCCCGGGCCGCACGGGAAGCGCGCGGAGGCGGCGGAGGGGGGCCGGAGGCGGCGGGGCGGCGGGCGAGCGGCGGCCUCGCGCCCAGCGCCGCCCGGGACGCGCCCCCGCGGCCGCCACCGCCCCCUCCCCGCCCGGACGGACGGGCGCACGGACGCCGCCUCGGGCGCCACUUACCCGGCCCGCCCGGCCGACUCUCCCCAUGGGCCGCGGCGCCGCGGAGACGGAAGCCCGCGACCGCAGCACCCGGGCCGGCGCCAACCCUUACGCCGAGGCCGCAGCGCGCGCGGCGGCGCGGGGUCAGGGGGCGUGCGGCCGAGAGAGGGGCGCGCCUGCGCCUGCGCCGAGGGCCGCCUGGGUGCCGCGCCCCCUGCUGGCGGGAGGACCGCGCCGCCGCCCCCCCCCCCGCCGCCGGCGUCCUCCCCUCCCGCCGACAGGGGUCGCCGUGGCGCGGCUCCUGAGCUCUCAGACUCGUGGGAGAGGCUGGCAGCGCCCCCACGCCGCAAGGAGGACAAACGGCCUGGGAGCCCGCGGAGUCCCCUUGGUGCAGAGCCCAAGUAG